AUGGAGCGAUCGUUCCAGAGCGCGCAGCACAGCACCGGCGGCCACAACCAGUCGUCAUGGCGGCAAGAGCCGACGGGUACUUACGCGGAAGAUGACAAAUCGACGGAUUCGGCGACGCCUCACCUCCGUGGCCCUGUGCGAAGCUUCAAGUCGUCGACGCGCGACAAGAGUCGCGAGCGUCGCACGUCACGCGAGCGUGGAGAGGAACACAGUGCGAAGCACGAAUCUGGGGAGCACCGGCAACGGCACUCGCAGCCGCCGCCACAGCAGCAGCAGCAGCGGGAGGAAGGCACGGACAGACACUACACGGCGUGGGAGGAGGAUGAGCGGUAUCAGCAGCAGCAGUGGCGCGAGGAGCGGUCCCGCCAGCAUCGUUCGCACGGCGCACGUGCGCACACGAGCUUCCGCGCCGCUCCCGCGGGUGCGGACGAAGAGGCGGUGUGGGAAAGGCCGAAGCAUCGCGAGAGGCGGAGUGAGAGGGGAAGAGCGAGCGACAAGGAGUGGGGAUGGGAGGAGGGGGAGGAGGGGGAGGAGAUCGGCAAAGGUUGGGAGAAAGAUCGGAGUUUCGAGAAGGAGAUUUUGGCGGGCGCGGAAGAGGAGGAGGAGGAGGAGGGGGAGGAGGGGGAGGAGGUUGGCAUAGCAGCGGGCGUGGAGAAGAUACGCGGGCGCGCGAAAGAUAUGCCCGCCGAUGGUCACGGCCUGUCGAGCGAGGGUGCGGGAGUGGGACUGGAGGAAGGGGAGCUAUCGGAAGGGGAGAUUCCGUUGCAAGAUCGCGAUCACGACGGCGAGAACGAACACGAGGCCGUGCCUGCGGCGCGGCCGCACCCCCCGCGGGACAAACCGCUUUCGCAUAAUCUCGACGGUGGACAGACGGCCAAGGAGCGCAGGGAAGCGGGGAGGCGAAGUGCGGAGAAAGACGCGCAGUUACUCGCGCGGGAGCAGCGCUGCUGGAGUGUUGGUGCUGCUGAAUGGGAGGAGCAGGGAGAGGACGGCUGGAAGUUGCGCAUUCACGGUGAGGGAGGCAGUAGGGACGACAAAGAGGAGGAGGAAGAGGAGAAAGUGGUGAAAGAGGAGGAGGAGGAAGAGGAGGAGGGUCAGGUGGAUGCGAGUUACGGCCACGGGGGUCAGUGGUGGCGGGAGCAGGAGCAGACGCGCCGCAGAAGCGAGGAGCGGGAGCGCAAAGAGGAACGGAACGGUGGCGAGGUUGGCGAGGUGGAGAGGGGGCGGUGGGCGCAGUGGGGAGGACUGGAGGCGGAGCAGGGCUCCCGCGGACACCACCCCCAGCGGUCCUUCUCCCGCCGCGCGCAGGGCGAGGCGCAGAUGGGUCGCGCGCACCGAGAGGGCGGCGCUGAGGGUGGCGGCGACGGCGAGCGUCACUGGGCGGCGAGUGCGACGAUGAGCAAGGGAGGAAGGGGCGACGAGAAGGGCAUGUGGCGGAGCGUUGAAAGGGUGGGCGCGGGAGAGGAGGUGGGCGGGGUGAGGGGUCAGGUGAUCGUGAAGCAGGAAAAGGAGGAGGAGAAGGAGGAGAGGGAGGAGGGGCAGCAAGUGGAAGCGCGGAUGGAGGAGGGGGAGGAGGUGGGGUACGAGCAUGAGAGGGAGCGCAGGCGACACAGGGAGAGGCGGCAUGAGGAGAGGCGUGACCAUCGAGGCGAGAGGGGCGGUGACAAGGAGGACACGCAGCGAGGGGAGAGCCACCGGCAUAAGAAGAAGCGGAGGAGAUCGAGGCACGAGCAGGAUCGCGAGCACGAGCAUGAGUGCGAGCAGGAGCAGGAGCAGCAUGUGGAGAAGCACGGGUAUGAGCACGAGGAGGGGGAGCGGGAUCCGCGUGAGCGAAGCAGGGAGCACUGGGAAGGCAAGCGCGGCGUGCCGAGCGAGGGAGAUUACUACGAUGGGAAGGACGGCGGGGAUAAGGCGGGAAGGAGGCGGCACAGGGAGAGGCAGCGGGGGAGAGAGGGUGCGGAGGAGCAGGAGGGAAGGAUAGCAGCUAGGUCAGGGUCGUCUGAGAGAAGGGCGAGAUCUAAGGAGCGAUGGUCGUCACGGGAGAGAGGCGUAUCGCGGGAAAGGGACGUUUCUCGGGAGAGAAUUGGAUCGCGGCAGAGAGUUGGAUCGCGGGAGAGGGAAUUGGAAAGAGGGAGAGGUUCAUCAAUGGAAAGGGGCGCGUCGAGGGAGCGGGGUGCAUCAAGGGAGCACGGAGCGUGGAGGGCCAAAGCAGGUUCUGCUAUGGAAGCUAGUGCCCCGUUUGAUCCGUUUCCUCAGGCGCACGUGGGGACUGCUGAGCAGCCGUGGGCAGAACAGGCCGCACAAGAAGCUGAUGCAGCUGCCGCCGCCGCCGCCGCUGCUGCUGCUGCUGCUGCUGCCGCCUCCGCUGCUGCCGCCUCUGCUGCUGCAGCUGCUGCUGUGGGCGGUGUUGACAGGGGCAGCGCUGCUCCUGGUGCUCCUGGUGGUGUUGUGAGUGGCAGUGGGAUGGCGAGCGCUCCAAGCAAGGCUAUGGAGGGUUCCAGGCACCGUUCUCGUUGGCAGCCUGCAGAAGAGCCCGUGCUGGGGCAUGCACCCUCUGCGGGUGCAGGAGGGCAGGCUGCUGCGGGUGGUACUGUAGGGAGCAUUGCUGCUCCUGCCAGUGCUGUUGUGGGAGGAAUUCUGGCUGAGGGCGCGGGUGCAGGAGCGCCAGAUUCCAUUGCUGCUGCUGCUGCUAAUGGCGCUGCUGCUGGCGCUGCUGCUGGUGGUGGCAGUGGGGAUGGCAAGACAGGAAAACGCAGGCGCAGCAGGUGGGGCCCUGCUGAAGGAGACGCGGCAGCAGCAGCAGCAGCAACAGGUGCAGGCGAAGAGGCAGGAGCAGCGGCAGGAGGAGCAGCAGCAGGAGCAGACGCGGGUGCUGCGGGAAACAGCGCAGCAGGAGGGCAGCGCAAGCGUAAGAGCCGAUGGGGCGACAGCGAUCCCUCUGCUGCAGCUGCAGCAGGAGUGGGGGUUGGCGUUGGCGGGGUGACGAGCGCUGCUGCAGCUCUCCUCUCUUCCAUCAAGCUCCCAGAAUUCGUGCGGGAGAUCUCAGGAGACCUCAACCCCGAGGUGCAAGCACUCAACAUCCGGUUGCUGGAAAUAAACAAGAAGCUACAGGCAGGCAAUCUUACUGGGGAUUCUGCUGCAGGGCUAGAGGGCGCCAUGGCUGCUGCGCUUGGGCUCACGGAGGAACGCUCGGUGGAGCGGUCUCCGUCGCCCGAGCCGAUAUACGACAACAUGGGCGUGCGAGUGAACACACGGGAGCAGCGCGUGAAAGAGAAGCUGAUGCGGGAGCGGCAGGAGGUGAUUGCGGAGAUGAUAAAGAAGAACCCUGGGUUCAAACCGCCUGCGGAUUACAAGCCGCCCAAGUAUUAUAAGAAGCUGUUCAUCCCCAUGAAAGAAUACCCAGGGUAUAAUUUCAUUGGGUUGAUUAUCGGGCCGCGCGGCAACACACAGAAGCGUAUGGAGAAAGAGACGGGUGCCAAGAUUGUGAUCCGGGGGAGAGGGUCUGUGAAGGAGGGGCGGGCGGCGAAGGGCGGGAGGGAUUUCAAGCCCGACCCGGCGGACAACGAGGAUUUGCACGUGCUGGUGGAGGCGGAUAGCGAGGCAGCUCUUAACGAGGCGGCGGAUAUGGUUCAGAAGCUGCUGGUUCCUGUAGACGAGGGGCACAACGAGCACAAGCGCGCGCAGCUGAGGGAGCUUGCGGCGCUCAAUGGCACGAUCCGAGAGGAGGAGCUGGUGUGCCGGCUGUGUGGGGAGCAGGGCCACAGGCAGUACAACUGCCCCGACCGGCACUCGACUUUCCGGUCUGAAGUCAUGUGCACGAUCUGCGGGGAUGGGGGGCAUCCGUCUGUGGAUUGCCCCAUGAAGGGCGCGGGCGGAGGGGGAGGGGGCGGCGGCGGGGGAGCGCAGGGGCAGAAGCUUGACGAGGAGUAUAUGUCGUUCCUGGCUGAGGUGGGGGGAGGCGUGGGGGGACCGAUCGGGGGAGAGGGUGGGGAUGGCGGUGCUGGGGGGCGUGGGGGAGGGGAGGAGCGCGGAGGGGGAUGGGGAGGGGGCGAGCGGGGGGAGAGAGGCGGCGAGCAGGGAGGCGGUGGGGAGCGUGGGGGGGGAGGAGGGGGCAGGGGGUCAAGCCGUGUGGAGGACGAUUGUAACCUCUAUGUGGGGUACCUGCCUCAGUCUGUGGACGACCAAGGGCUGUACUCUCUCUUUGCCCCGUACGGGCGCAUUCAGGAGACCAAGAUCAUCCGCGAUCGCAACACGGGCAUGAGCCGGGGGUUUGGGUUUGUGCGGUUUGUGGAGCGGCAGGCGGCAAUGGCGGCCACACAGGGGCUGAAUGGGUACCGCAUGGAGGGUAAGACCAUUGUCGUGCGCUCCACUGCCAAGAACCAGCAGGGCAGCGGCCCUGGUGGUCCCGGUGGGCCGGGAGGGCCGGGAGGAGGGAUGGGAGUAGCAGGGGCAGCACCAGGAGGCGGUGGUGUGGGUGGUGCUGGUCCCCACGGCCCACCUGGCCCCCACGGCCCCCCUGGCCCCCCUGGUCCGUAUGGGCCUUCUGGGCCUUCUGGUCCUCCUGGCUCUGCUGCUCCUGGUGGCGCUGGUCCUCCCCCGCACAUGGGCCCUCCCCCUCUGCGCCCCCCUUAUGGCCCCCCUACCCCGUACCCUCCGCCUGGGUCUGUUGACCCUUCUGCUCCUCCCCCUCCCUGGGCUCACCCCCCUGGUGGCCCCCCUCCUCCGUUUGGCCUCUGCGGCCCACCUCCACCUGGCAACGUCCCUCCUCCCUAUGCCCCGCCUGGCUAUCCCGAAGGUGUGCCACCACCUCCGUUUCCCCCAUAUGGAGCAUCGGGCCCUCCCCCAGGUGCCUUCAUGCCGCAUGGCUUUGCUCCGGACUACCCGCCCCCGCCUGGUGCAUACCCGGGAAUGGUGGGCCCGCCUGGAGUGUAUGAGGACGUGGAAUUGCCCCCUGGGACUUCCACCCCGCCGCCUGGUGCGCCUGGCGAGGUGGGUGCAGCAGCAGAGCCCCCUCCUGGCAUGGAGCCUUCCUGUCCUCCUGCUCUCUAUCCCCAUAUGGAUCCUGCAGCAGCAGCAGCUGCAGCGGCGGCGGCGGCGGCGGCACAACAGCCUUCAUGGGCCCCCACGUCUGCAGCAGCAGCAGCAGCCAUGGCAGCAGCAGUGUCAGCUGGUGCAGUCAAGGGGGGGGCGCUGGUUGGUGGGGCAGGAAGCGAGGGACCGCUGGGAGGGGAGGGAGUGGUGAGCACGGAGGGAUGUGCUCUCCACACAUGUGCAAGGUUCGAAGUCUCUGGUUGCUGGGAAGAAUCAAGUGAUGCUGACUGCGAAGAGAAGAGCACGGAAUGA